UUAACUGAAAUUUUAAUUCUUGCCAAUGUGCUGUACUGGCUGUCCUCUUGUAUUAUUUGUGACUGAUUGUAAGUAACUCCCCUCUUCUAACCAAUAUCAUUUCAAGCUAUUUUUCCCUCAAGAUGUAUCUGAACAUUUGUUCAUGAAAUAGACCUGCAGAACAUACUGAGUGUACCCUUAUUCCAUUGUAAUUUAAUAGACUACAGAUAUUACUUCUAUAAAUCAACAAUAUUAUUGAUGUCAUAAUCAGCUAAUGGUUCUCAGUGUCUAGGAGCAACACCAGAUCUCUUUUAAAUCUCCAGUUAGCUGAACCCCGCCCAUUCCUGUUCUCACUGAAGUGGAGCCAGCAUCACAGAUCCUCAGCGUCAGAUCAAGCCCAUAUAAAAGACGAACACCACUUCAGCCACAGCAGAUGAAAAGACUUGCCUGAGCCAGCACUGACUGCAAUAUAACUCUGUUUCAUGAAAUGUCUUCCAGGGGAUUUAACUGCAAGUUUCUGUUCUUAAAGGUUGGUGAAUGAAGAAUUAUUUUUGAAAGAAUAUAUCUCUUUUUAAAACUAUCUGAUGUGAGAAUCUGGGAAUAAAUCAAAGUUUCUUUUACUUCUGUCUUUAUAUUUUUGUCUUUUUGAUACUUUUUUUUUUUUUUUUGCAUUUUUUGUGCUUUGCUGGUCUCUGUUUUCUCACUGACAAAGAGGAAAGACGCCCAGAUUUCUUUCAACAAGCUCUUCCAUUGAACAAAAUGAAAAGACUCAAUCCUCUGAUGCCGUGUUCUUGAAUGGAUGCAAUUAAUAGACUGCUGGCAAGCACAGCUUCCAAACCUCCUGACAGAGCGCUGUUCAGACAAUAUCAUCGGCAUCACAGCUCGUCCUGAUGGGCUAUCUUAACUUAACCAGCGAAAAUGAGACUUUACCUGGCAGGCAUCCGUACAAUGUGCAGACCUCCGUACCUCUGACCAUCCUGGUGGGAAUCCUCAUCCUGCUAACUGUGUUUGGCAAUGUCAUGGUAGUAAUUGCUGUGAUCACGAGCCGAGCCUUGAGAGCACCCCAGAACUUGUUUUUAGUCUCUCUGGCUUGUGCAGACAUCCUGGUUGCAACCUUAGUGAUGCCAUUCUCUUUAGCGAAUGAGCUGAUGGGUUACUGGUACUUUGGUAAAGUGUGGUGUGAAAUCUACCUGGCUUUGGAUGUGCUCUUCUGCACCUCAUCCAUCGUUCACCUGUGUGCAAUAAGCCUGGACAGAUACUGGUCUGUCACUCAAGCGAUUGAGUACAACCUGAGAAGGACGCCACGCAGGAUUAAAUGCACAAUCUGCCUGGUUUGGGUGCUGGCAGCCAUCAUUUCAUUCCCUCCACUUAUCACGAUGAAAAAGAAAGAGGGAAGCCCUGAAUGUGACAUUAACAGGGAGAAAUGGUACAUUAUCUUCUCCAGCACUGCCUCCUUCUUUGCUCCCUGUUUCAUUAUGAUUAUGGUGUACGUUAGAAUCUACCAGAUUGCCAAGAGAAGAACGAGAGCCCCUCCAGGAGAAAGGCAGCAAGAAAAUGGCAACUCAGACGACGCAAAGAUUGGUUCGGACCCCCUGGAGAGAAAAGACGGAGAGGGAAAAGUGGGGGACGGCAACGAGGUCAAUGGGUUAGACGUGGAGGACGAACCUUCCUCGUCUGAUGGGAAUGAAACCAUCCUGUGUUCCCUGAAGAAAAAGAAGGGAAUAAGAACAACUAAAGUGACUCAGGUGAAUCCUGGGGAAACCUCUCCAAAGCCAGAGGCGCAGCCCUGCGUGAAAAUGAGCAGGUGGAAGGGACGGCAGCACAGAGAGCGGCGCUUCACGUUCGUUCUGGCUGUGGUCAUGGGAGUGUUUGUUCUCUGCUGGUUUCCCUUUUUUUUCACAUAUACGCUCACUGCUGUAUGCGACAGCUGCAAUCCAGGGACGCUGUUCAAAAUCUUCUUCUGGUUUGGUUACUGCAAUAGCUCACUAAACCCGGUCAUAUACACUAUAUUCAAUAAUGAUUUCAGGAAGUCUUUCAAAAAAAUCCUCUGUCAAAGGGAGAAAGGAGGUUUGUAAAUAAUACUUUUAUAUAUGCACGUCAAACACAAAAGCCUUGUCAUUCAUCUAAAUGAAGGCUUCUGUCGUUGUAAAUAUGAUAGGAAAUAGCUAUCAGAAGCUAUUUACUGAAAAAAGUCAACUGUUGCAUAAUUUAGUAACAUUUUGUUGUCAGUAAAUGGUUGUUUUGCUAUAUCACAAUAAUAGUCGUACAAAAAAAGCUACAUUGAGGCAAUCUGUGAUUUCAGACUGUGACAAUGUAUAAUUGUGACAACAUAGAGGGCACAUUUUUGUACAUAUCUGUGUUUGUUUAGUGGCAGUAUUUAAACUUGCCAGUCUGAAUGCAUGUGAUAAUCAUGCUGGUAAUAUGGCAGCAAAUGUUAAGACCAUAUUAUAGCAUUUAAACUGUCAUGGCUGCAUCAGAUAAUGAAAACGUUUACUCAUUUUUAUUGUGUUGUAACUUACAAUGUUGUAAAUCCACUAAAAUGUCAAGAGUUUGUAAAUAGGAAUGGCAAAUAAUUUCAUUGUGCCUGAAAACUGAGUGAUGUGCUCAGAACAGCAAUUAUUCAGGAAGCGAAAUGAAAUGCCAAAAUGAUGCACACUACUUCAAAAAUCUGUCUCUGAUGAUACUUUUUUUUUUUUAAAUGUACGAUAUUUAUCUAUCCGUACAGUGGAGCAAACAACAGCAAACUGUACCCAAAAAGAUGCUAUCCCCAGACCACCAACUAUCUCAUUCUCUCAUAACAAGCACAAGAGCAAGACAAUUAUAGCAAAAGAAAAUUAUGCCCUGGAGGUGCGGGUGGCACAACAAUAUCUAAUGCAGUUUAUCAUGAAUUAUAUCCCUUCAUAUCAGGAUAUCAUUAAAUCCUUCCCUGGAGUCAAACAGAAGUCCUGCAGUGAUAGAAUUAUGAGGAGCUGCUGCAAAUUACACUGUGAGGUUAAUAUCCACACGUGCUUAUCAAUGCGUUGUGUUCCUAGUCUUGAUCUGUUGUCAGGAGUCCCCGUCUCUUGUUUCCUUUCUAGCACACUUUUCACAGCUCUACAGCCUUUUCUUAUAUCUGCUUUUUGCUGUAAUUACACUUCUCAAGCCAGUAUCAGUCUGUGAACCUGAAAUAAAAGAACGCGCCAUCUGUAAUUGCUUUAACUUAGCAAACAUUUCCACCACUCACCUCUCAAAUAUACUAGUGCAGUCAAUAACAAAGCAAUUCCCAUGACUUGCUCUCUGGGAUUCUGGUGUUUUGAGAUUCCUGUGGUAUACAUGUUUGGGUUUGACUGUGUCUCCCAGUCUUAUCAUACUUAAAAUACAUCUUUUAACUAACCACAAAUGGCAAACUACAGACCUGACCAUUGCUGAUCAGAGUUCCCACGGACAAUCUGACAACAGAAAUAGGGGGAAAAAAGCAGUAUUGGAGGCUUAUGCUAAUGAGAAUUUAUGCAAGAUAAAUGGAUUUCCAUGAGGUUGUUUAAUCAUUGCGAGGAGAUACAAAAUGGCCCUGCUUUAACAGCACUUGUGAAAAAAAACUCAGAUAAUUACAGCUGUUGGAACAUUUUAACAGAAGUAGCUGCUUGUUUGCAUAAUGAGCGAGCAGCAUUAUAGUGUUAUAAAAUAUUUUCAAGAGAAAUACUUCUACCUGGCCCCGAUCCAUUGCACACCAGCGUGUCUUGAGAGAUUAAACUGCUGUGAUUACCAUCUGAAUGCAUCCUUUAAUUAAAAUGACAAUUCUCCUGGAUUCCAUCGCUAUGCUUGAGCAGCAGGACGCAUAAAUUACAUUUUUUUAAGCACACGCUCACCAAGCAAUAGAGAGAUUAAAUGUCAGAAAACGGCCAUUACAUUGCUGCCCCUCCUAAAAAAGAAUAAUGAAACAGUAGAAAUUAUAAAUAUGCAUUAAGAGUUCACUUGGCGAUAUCUUAUGAUUAGUUGGUUAAAUGCAAACCACAAAAAUACUGACACUGAAUUAAUUAAAUCUUACUGGAGGUUUCUAAGUCUUGUUCCACAUCAGUGUGAAUUAUGAUUGGUUACAAACAAUAAACACUUGGUUACCCUUGCUAAUCUUGGCGUGUGUGCAUACUUGUCCACUUUUGCUGUCUGAUGAGAAACUCAUUUAUUUCCCUCUCUGAAGGAUCCGGAGCAUCAUAAUUUAUGAUCGUGACAACACAACUUCUAAAACUAUCCCUUCUAAGCUGCUUCUGGCAGGAGUUCCUCUAACUUUCACACAGCUCCCCAGUCAGUUUGUCUCAUUUUAUUCUAAUUUCCCCCACCUACAUGUCCGUGGGUUGCUUUUUAAAGCUGCUGGAAGGGGCCAGAGUACUUAGAGACUAUUAAAGAACCAAAGAAAACAGCCUGCAUCCCAGACAAACAGUGAUUGCCACGCCAGGAUUGCAGAGUCAGACAGAAGCAUCAAGACCACACUAACAAGUUUAAAUCGUAGCUGGUGAUGAAUAGAGUGUUUUUAAUUGAAUGUUGGGUCAUUCAUUAUGGAUAGAGCAGAAUGCAUCGUGCACGCUGGGGCAUAUAAUACUUCCUCCCUCUUGAAUUGAUAAGGAUGCAGGAUAAUCAAAUUAGAUUGUGAGGGAUGUCAGCAGCAGAAGGAUCCUGUUUAAUUUGUCUCAUCGUUGCUAUUACUUUCUGUAAUCUUUCUGCUCUGCACUGUGUCGACGCUGAAAAUUUUAACCUCUAUUCUGUUUAAUGUAAAUCAUAUUUCUAGUUGUCUGAGGAAGAUAGCUGCAUUUUUGCAAGUCAAAUAUUUUUUUUUAAUGACCAAGGAUAAAAAAUGCAAAUAAGGACCUUUUCUAAAUGACUUGAUGGUCCAAUGUUUUCUGCCUGCAAAGCCUGGACCAAUUAUAGGCCGCUUAAGAGAAAGGCCCCAGGGAAAAGAGCACCUCACUGGGAAUUAAGUGAGCCAAAGAGCACGGAUGGUGUGGAAUUCACUAAAUAUUUCAAGUGUAUCAACAAAUUGAGGCUCUUUUUUGGGGGGACGGCUCAUAUCGUCUUCACUCAUUCAUGCUUUAAUUUGCCUUUUUGUUUGCAGAUGCAACAGAAAACUACUAUUAAAUUAUUCAUCAUAUUCAGUUACCAGGACUGUAUUUCUCUGCUGAUAGUACAUUUAUCACUUAUACACAGAUUUAACUGGUUGUGCUGUAUGAAUAAAAAUAUAAAAGAUAUCCUUCCAAUACAAAGUAGUUAUUAGAAUAUCAUAAAAUGUUUGCAUCACUUAUUGGCAUCUUGAUUUGAGAUGCAUAAUUCUUCAUCUAAUGGUUCCACAACAAUUUUAUUAAGUGAAUGUAAAUUAGUUUUUCCACUUAAAGCAAACUGGGUGUAAAAUCUUUUUUGGCAAGACUACUUCUGUCUGCCUUGUGUAUUAUUAUUGGUCAUUUUAAAGUGAACUUCUGACAUUUUAUUGUUAAAACAAUAAAAUGUGUUUGACAGGAUACUCUGAACUCCUUUGACCUUUUGUAGCGACCGGGGCUUUUGGGAGAGAGAGAAGAAGAGAGAGGGGAAAUUGGUUGAAAAGGUUAAAGAGUUGUAUUGUUACGAAAAAAUCCUGAAAUUUGGGUCUUACUCAUUUGCCAGAUCCAUGACCUUAAAAACCUGUCAAAAUACAUUAAAAAUAUGUAUUAGACUUGUAGUUUGGAAACAAGUUGGAUUCUUUUUUUCAUUGCCUCUAAAAGUGGAGUUUCUCUGCCCACUGUGAAAAUACUACCAUGCUUUCUAUACUCUGCCGUGAAUCCUCAAUGAUACCAAUUAAGCUGUGGCAAAUCUGCUGCAGACACCAUAAGUCUUCCUUAGCCAUCCUGUCAUGUCUGUACUAUUGAUCGUAUCCAGUUCCAGUCUGGCCUUCUCUCCCCUUCAUGCACACUUUAUCUGUCCUCAGCAGCCAGCUGUUGUGGACAACAAUGCGUCCCUCAACGUGCUGCCAGCUAUCAAACACACCUGCACACAGACGGAACAAGCUGUACGCUGACGUCUCUGUAGGCUCUGACAUGUACUGCAAAGGUGUCUGUUUUACCUCAUUUUGAAAGGCUCGCAGACAACAAGACAAACUAUGGUCACAGAAUCAUAAAUCACAAUAUCUGAUUAUUGGAAGUGAAAACACGACAUGACUGCAUUAUGCAGACAGCAUGGAAUCCAUACCUCAGGUUUAUUACUAGCAGUCAAAAUAAUUAUAAUGCUUGUUUGCAAAGACCCUCUGAAUAAUUGCAAAUGAGGCAUGAAGGAAAGAUAUUACCUAUUAAUUUCAACAAUUAAAGGGCAGUGUAAAGCACACUAAAAUGUUGCAUUAACUUCAUACAUGAUUUUGAUAAUGCUGUACCUUAAAUAUUAUUCUAAAAUGGUCAUUUUAAUUAGAAUGUUAUUGGUAUAGGUGUAUUUGUAGUAACAAAUGAAUUAAAUGUCUUUUGUGUUCCAAUUUUGUGGGAUAUUUAAUAGUUUAUUCCUGUUAAUUUAUGCAUAGGAGCAGAUGGUAAAGUAGUACUGCUGGGAACACUACUAUGAAGAGUAGUAACUGAAACGUGUUGAAAUAAUAAAAAUUAAAACAUUUCAAUGUCAAUCAAUGUGUGUAUCCAGAUGAGCAUGAUGUGUUGUUACCUGAGCGCCGCUUGUGGCAUUUUUCCAGGCCAUUUGCAUCGACGGAUUGCUAUUGUGUUGUUCCGUUGUGCGUUUAUUUGCUUUGAGAGAUUUCCAUCUAACACUGGAAAUGUUAUGACUUUGGAUACAUUAUGUCCGUCUUUAUAGUUCCUGAAAAGACAAAUAGUAAGUGCAGCAAAGUAUGUUUGGUAUUUUGUUUUGGUUGUUAUUGAGGAUGUUGCUUAAAACAUUGGUUUGAUGAGCUGGCUAAUUCGUGACAACUUCAUAAAUGCUGGAAAUUUAUUUUUCAAUUUCUGUGAAAAGGUUGAUGACGACAUGUUCAUGAAAAUAGAUAAGUUAAAGAUAAGCUGAAUGUUUUUCCCUGUUGCUAACAUCAGUGUGUAACAUGAAAACAUUGUCAGAGCUAUGAUGUGUAACAUUAAAAUGUUUAAAAACA